UUUAAAAAAUUCCCUUUUUUUUUUUUUUUUUUUUUUUUUUUUUCCCGGCCCGCUCCGGAGGAGGGAGAGGGAGGGGAGGGUGAGGGGGGUGUGGAUAAAUCCCGUUUUUUUUUUUUCCCGUGGAAUUCCGAGGAAUCCGCGCCUUUGUGCGGCACCGGCUCCGUCCCGUGACCUUGCCUGGGUCCCGCUCCUCCCCGGGGGCUUUCCCGGCAGAAUUCCCGGUUUUUCGCUGGAAAAUCCUCCCUGUUCCUCUCCUUUCCUCCCCUCUCACCCUUUUUUCCUUUUCUUUUUCCUUUUUUAAUUUCUUUUUCCAGCUGCUUUUGCGAGGAUUCCUCCUCAAAAAAAAAAAAAUUAAUUAAAAUGAGGGGUCAAAAAUUAAAAAAAAAAAAAUUAAAAUAAAUCCAGGCUGUUUUUUUAUCCCCCUCCCCGCCUCUUCUCCCCGCCGAGGAAGCGUUUGGGAAAUGGGGAUAAAUGAAAGAAUAACGAGGAAUAUUUUUUUAAUUUUUAUUUUAUUUUUGUUUAUUUUAUUUUUAUUUUUUUAACCCUCUCGUCGACACACGCAAAAAAAAAUAAAGCAGCGAGCGAGGCCGGUGAGGAGCGGUAAACGCGGCUGGGAAAGGCCGAGGAGCACCGCGGGAAUAUUUUGGAAUAUUUUCCUUUUUCAGGACUCGCGGGAGCCCCGAAAAGGGAGAAAUUCUGGCGUGGGGGCAGCGAGGCCGGGGCGGAUUUUGGGGAAGGAAAAAAUCCGGAAUUUCCCCACACGAAUUCCCGGGUUUGGCCGCAAUUCCCGUUUUUCCAGCGCCUCUGGGACACCCGUUCCUUUAAUUUUAUUUUUUUUGGUUUCUCCGCGGGGAUUGGGGCAGAUUUGGGUUUUUUUUGGGGAUUUUUCCGCCGAUUUUGGGUUCCUUUUCCCCCCUUAUUUUUCUCCCCUCUCCCCUCGCGCUGCUCGCGGCUCCGGCGCUGCCCGAAGCGGGGCCGAAAUGGGUGAAAAUCGCGGGGUUUUGGGUGCGGGGCUGCGGCAGCGCCGCUCUCAGCGGUGCCUUUGGGGACUCCCCGAAUUUUUCCCUUUUCCUCCCCGAUUUUCCCCAUUUCCCUCCCGGCUUUGGGAAACCCCAGGGGUUGCAGAACGCAGAAAAUCCUUUUUUUUUUUUCAAGGAGAUUCUGUCAUAAAUAAAACAAAAUGCUGAGAGAUGAUUUUUUAGGGAUUUAAUUUUAUUUUAAUUUGUUUUCCCAAAUAAAUCUCCCGAGUUUCUUUUUUUUGAGGGGACUGCUCUGGGCGGGAGCUCCUCACCUACCUGCCUUACAAAACCAGGGUUAUUCCCUCAAAACGCAGCCGGGGAUUUCUGAACUCCUCCGCUCGCUCUGGUGCAGAAAAAUAAAAACAAAUAAAUAAUAAUAAUAAAAAAAAUAAAAAAUAAAGUUUCCAAGAGUCGCCAAAAAAAAAAAAGAAAAAAAAAAGGAAAAGAAAAUAAUUUUAAAAAGCAAAAAUAAACGCAGAAUCCUCCCGGUGCUGCCUCCUCCGUGUCCCCCCUCCCCGGGCUGCGAGCUCCGUCCUGCGCUUUUUAUUUAAUGAACGACGCGUUUAUGAACAAUCAAAUGAUCCUCGUAAAAAUUUUAUUGAAGGACAUAAAAAACAUCCCCGGCUCCUCCUCGCCCCGCGCCGCAGCCUCUGCCUCGGGAGAGGCUCAGCUUUCCCUCCGCGGAUUUUUCAUUUUUUUCUCUUUUUUUUUGGUUGUUUUUUGUGAUUUUUUGGGGGGGAUAGAGCAGGGGGGUUGUUAUUAUUGUUUGUAUUAAUAUUAUUAUUAUUACAAUUAUCUCCCCUCCCGUCUGUUUUUUCUGAAGCCGCCCGGAAUGAGCCAUAAUUUGAUUUUUUCUCCUGCUGGCUCGGAGCAGGACCCGCGGCGGCCCCGGCGAGGACGCGGCGCUGCCGAGGAUGACAAAAGCCGCUUUUCCCCUUUUUUUCCUCUUUCCUUCUCCUCGCUCCUCUUCCUCCCCCUCCGCUGCUGCGAGCAGGGGGGUCCCGCCGAAAUUGGGUUUUUUUUUGAGAGGAGAGGGGAGGAUGGAGAUGAAUCGAGGGCAGAAAUAAUUCCUAAAACACCUCCGCGGUUCCCUUCACCUUCCCCGGCCUCUCGCUGCAGCCGCGGGAGGAUCUCCCCCCUCCCCGCCCGCGGGGCUGAGCAUCCCCGGCCGAGCCGAGCAUCCUCCUCCUCCUCCUCCUCCUCCUCUCCUCCUCCUCCUCCUCCUCCUCCUCCUCCUCAUCUCCGCCCCCGUUUCCAGCCGCUUUUAUUUUUUAUUUAUUUAUUUUUAAGGGAAAAGCCGGGCGGCGUUAUUAAAUUAAAUUAAAAAAAAAAAAAAGAAAAUAGAAAAAAAAAAAAGAGAGAGAAGGGGAUAGGAGGGAAAAAAAAAGCAAAAAAAAAAAGAAAAAAAAAAGAAAAAAAGCCGCGCUGCGGAUUGAUCCGGGCGAUAUUUUUGGGUAAAUACAAUCACGUGAGGCUCCCGCAGCCAAUAGCGCGGUGGGAGCCGGCCGAAAAAAAUAAUUACCUGCCCUGAUUGUUCUAUGAGCAGAUAAAAAGUACACAUCCACUUCCGUACAAUAACCCCGAUGAAUGCAAAACAGGGGCCGAGCCCACCAUGUCGGCGUCGGGCCCCAUCUCCAACUACUUCGUGGACUCCCUGCUCGGGCCCGAGACCCCCGAGGAGCUGCUGGCCCCGCGCUUCGCCGGCGCCGCCGCCGCCCGCCCCGCGCCGCUCGUCCCCGACUGCUCCGACUUCCCCUCGUGCAGUUUCGCCCCCAAACCCGCCGUGUUCGCCGCCUCGUGGGCGCCCGUGGCCCCGCAGCCCCCGGUGGGCUUCCCGCACCCGCACCCGCACGGCCCCGCGCCCUACGGCGCGCAGGCGGCGGAGCCCCCGCGCUACGUGCGGGGCUGGCUGGAGCCGCUGGCCGGGGCCGUGUCCUUCCCCGCCGCCGCUUUCGGGGCUCGGCCCUACGGCCUCAAAGCCGCCGACGCCUUCGGGGCCCGCGGGCGGGCGGAGUGCGGGGCCCCGGACGGGCGCGGCUUCGCCGAGUUCGUGUACGCGGCUCCCGGGGAGCUGCGGGAGCGCGGCGCGCACAACGGAGCGGCCUCCCCCGAGUGCGAGGCGGCCGCCGGCGGCAAACACAAAGAGGAGAAGCUCGAAUUAGACCCCAACAACCCCGUGGCCAAUUGGAUUCACGCGCGCUCCACGAGGAAGAAACGCUGCCCUUACACAAAAUAUCAGACCCUGGAACUGGAAAAAGAGUUUUUAUUCAAUAUGUACCUCACGCGGGACCGGAGGUACGAAGUGGCGCGGGUGCUGAACCUCACGGAACGCCAGGUCAAAAUCUGGUUUCAGAACAGGCGAAUGAAAAUGAAGAAAAUGAAUAAAGAGAAAAGCGAUAAGGAGCAGCAAUAAUAAUUAAUUUAAACAAAAAAAAUUCAUAAUAAUAAUAAUAAUAAUAAUAAGGAUUAAAAGGAGCGACAACAACGAAAAAAAAAAAAAAGACAAAGUUUGGCGGAGAGGAACGAGGGUGGAGAGGAGGGGAAAAAACCCGCAGAGAAAAAAGGGAAAUAAUGAUCAAAAAGGGGUGAAAUGUUCUGAUUUGGGGUGUGCGGAUGGGGUUUAGCGGUAGCGGUUCGGGGACUCGAGGGUUUUUUUAAAAUGCGACCAAAACCAGGGAAAAAAUGAAAAAAAAAUAAAAGAAAAAUGCCCGGGGGGGGUUUUGGUUUUCUCUUCCUUUCUUCCGCCUUGCUCUGCCCUCAGCAAAAGCGGCACGAGAAGUACUUGAAUUUUUAUUUUGGUGUGUUUUUAUUAUCAUUAUUAUUAUUAUUAUAUUUUAUUUCCUAAAUUAAAACCCUAAUCCUGUAUUUUGAAUUUUUUUCCUGAAUUUUUUUUUUGUGUUUUUUUUUUUUUGGAAUCCCGCGAGCUGGCGAGUGAAUGUUUUAUACAAAAAAAAAAUUAAAAAAGAGGAAAAAAAACCCCAAAAAGCGAGGAAAAAAAGGAGGAAAAAGGGAAAAAAAAGAGCAAAGGACUGAGGGAAGGGUGGCUCCCGGUGCUGAUGUUCUGUCACGGUGUUGAACGUUUCUGCUGUACCGAUUUUUGUGUGUUUUAUUCUCGUCUCAGACCCGUUCUGUAAUAUUUGUUCUGUUGCCUAUUGUAGAGCAGCUCUCUGUAAAUAUUCCUUAAAAAAAAAAAAAAAAAAGGAUAAAAAAAAUUCCCCACCCGAAAACGACAAAAAAGGCAAAAAAAGAACAAAAAAAAAAAAUCGGCCUUGGAGGUGUCUUUUUCUUUAAAAGCAGCCCCGAGCAUCCCCCAGAGGUUUUUAAUUUAAUUUUAUUUUAUAUUUUUUCCCCCUCUCUGCAUUUUCCGUGCCCCAAACGCGGCGGUAAAAAGCGCUGAGGUAAGGGAUCUGCGCGCCAUCAAUUUGGAGAUUGCGAUAAUUAAUUGCGCUAAUUUAUGGCCGCGGGCGAUCGAAGGAUGUGCUCGGGAAAAAAAAAAAAAGGGAAAAAAAGGGAUUAAAAAAAAAGCUGGGAAUGAAUGGAGGAGCUGAUCCAGGGCUGGGAAUGAGGGGGGAAAUAAUUAAAAAAUCAAAUUAAAUACCCGGGUGAGGGCGAGGAGCGGGGGGGAGGGAAAAGGCGCCGAGAAAUCGCAAAAUUUUGGGGCAGAAAGGCCAAAAAGCCCAAAAAACUCCGCGACCCCCCCGCUUUUUAAUUUUUAAAUUUUUUUAAAAUUUUUUUUUUGGUUCGGGAGGGGGAAAUGAUUUUUAAAAAUUAAAUUGAGGGAAGAAUAAGGGCAACCCCCCCCGGGGAAGGAAAAUCCGGGUCCGUCUUCCCUUCCCCGGCUGCGGAGAGAGAAAAGGCAGAAAAAAAACCCCAAAUCACAAAAAAAAAACACCAUAAAAACCCCAGCAGCGAGCGAUGUUUAAUCAUAAAACCCUCGUGUUUUAAUCAUAAAAAUUCGUGUUUUAAUCAUAAAACCCUCCUGUUUUAAUCAUAAAAACCUCGUGUUUUAAUCAUAAAAACCUCGUGUUUUAAUCAUAAAAAUUCGUGGUUUAAUCAUAAAAAAUCGUGGUUUAAUCAUAAAAACUCGUGUUUUCGAGGUGCCUUUCUUUAAUUAAACGCGGCUCGGGAUCGCCCUAAUCAGGACCAGACCCGCUCCCGCUUUUCCCCAAAUCCGCCCCAAAAAUAAAAACCUGGAA